AUGGGGAGCGACGCCGCGCGCGCGGGGCGGUGGGAACGGAGCCGAGUCACUGUGUACGUCGGUUGCCGUAACAACGGGAAGUGGAGUCCGUCCGCGAUGGCCUCUAACUUUAAGAAGGCAAACAUGGCAUCAACUGCCCAGCGAAAAAGGAUGAGUCCUAAACCGGAGCUUACUGAAGAGCAGAAACAGGAAAUUCGAGAAGCUUUUGAUCUCUUUGAUGCUGACGGAACUGGGACAAUUGAUGUUAAGGAACUUAAGGUGGCAAUGAGGGCACUGGGCUUUGAACCCAAGAAAGAAGAGAUCAAGAAAAUGAUAAGUGAAAUUGAUAAGGAAGGGACAGGAAAAAUGAACUUUAGCGACUUUUUGACUGUGAUGACUCAGAAAAUGUCUGAGAAAGAUACCAAAGAAGAAAUCCUGAAAGCUUUCAAGCUCUUCGAUGAUGAUGAGACUGGGAAGAUAUCGUUCAAAAAUCUAAAACGUGUGGCCAAGGAGUUGGGUGAGAACCUCACCGACGAGGAGCUGCAGGAAAUGAUUGAUGAGGCCGAUAGAGAUGGAGAUGGAGAAGUCAAUGAGCAAGAGUUCCUGCGCAUCAUGAAGAAGACCAGCCUUUAUUAGGAUCAGUGCCAUCUUCUAUACCGCAAGCACGUGGAACUCGAUUUCCUGCCUGCUGUUGUGUGAAGCCUGGUUUUUGAGAACGUAAAUUAUUUUUCCCCCACUGACCUCUCUGUAUGACUUUAGUAAUAACUCCGAAUCUAUUUUCAACUUUUGAAAGUGUUCUUUGAAGUUGAGGUUCUUUGUCAGGUGACCUACCGACUGCUUUAAUUCCCCAGGGCAGAACGAGAGCGCGUUAGAGUGGAGAAUAGGGUCUUUGAGCUUUUGCACACCUGCUAUUCUGCCUUGUAUCGCUUAACUCUUGUCCCGCAUUCCCGCGUCUAUGCCACCGCAGAACAACUUCUUCACCAGCACAUGUUGUACUUGUGUCACCACAAGCAGGGGGGGCAUCUCUUCAGUGGUUCCAAUUUUAAUUGGCACCUGAGCGCAGCUUUCUCUUUUAUAAAAGUCAGUGAACUCUCUUACUUGCAUCUGGACGUGUGUGUGUGUGUGUGUGUGUGUGUGUGCGCGCUAUUUGUUUUGUCUUCAAAUAAAACCUUUCUUAUUU